AAGCUACGAAGCUAGGUUGUUAGCACAAAACGGAGUGCAGCUUAAGAGUUGCACACAGAGGCAAUUUAUUGCAAGGCUGCCUCCAAACAGUUUAUAUCUUCUGCUGUCUUUACUGUAGCUUCUUUAAAAAUGGCGGCGGUGUCGUUUAACCGGUUGUUCGAGGUCGUUUCCACUUGAAUCAACUCCUGUGCUAAAGUUAGCCUGUUAGCAUUGGCUUGGUUUUUGCAACUGUGAGCCUGCAGGGAUUUCUCCUGAGCUUCAGCUGUUUGAAGGAAUCUGAAGGAGUCCAAAAGAGAUGUACCUGGUGGGACUUACAGGAGGCAUUUCCUCAGGAAAAAGCACUGUGUCUUCAAUGCUGCGGGAGCUCGGCUGCCCCAUAAUUGAUGCUGAUGUCGUGGCAAGAAAAGUCGUGGARCCGUACACCCCUGCCUAUUCCCGCAUCAUCUACCAUUUUGGGCUCGAGAUUCUUCUGGAGAACGGGGAGAUCGACAGGCAGAAGCUGGGUCAAAUCAUCUUCGCCGACGAGGAGAAGAGGAGGCUGCUGAACUCCAUCACCCACCCAGAGAUUCACAAAGCAAUGCUCAAAGAGAUCCUAUUCUACUUCCUUAAAGGGUACCGCUAUGUGGUCUUGGACGUGCCCCUCCUCUUUGAGACUAGACGACUCACUAAGUUUCUGAACCACACUGUGGUAGUUUACUGCGACCCUGCCACUCAGCUGCAGCGCCUGAUGCAGAGGGACGGCCUGAACCAGGAGCAGGCCGAGCAGCGUGUGGCYGCUCAGAUGCCACUUAACGAAAAGCGCGGCCUGGCCAGUCAUGUCAUCGAGAACUCGGGGAGCCGGGAGGACACCCAUCGGCAGGUUUUGAGGCUGCACACGAAGCUGGAGGACUCCAUGGACUUCCUUUUAGUGAGGGUCAUCGCCAUCGCUGCCACCGCCGGUCUGGGUGGGAUACUUCUCUACGCCGCCAAGCUCCUCUUGUCCUAACAGAGCUGUUGGAACGAGGGUUCAACAUAAGAUGAGCUCAGAUGGGAGACUGUGAGUAGAGUCAGAAAAAAAAAAGUCAGGUCGAUGGCACUGAUGCAAUUUACUGUGAAAUUACUUUCACAGCACCUAGCACUACAGCGCAGCGGUGUGGCAUUUUAUGUUGACAGUUUAACACACAGCUUAGGAAACUCACUGACAAAUGAGGUUUAGUGUGAAGGGUUUUUAUGUGCAAUGUUGUCUUUAUUUUCCUCAAAGACACGAAACAAUGAAGGCAACAGAGUAGAAACUCAGUUGCUGAACAAACUUACUCAUGGAAGUAACUUGUUCAAAAGAUGCGACUAAAUUUUUAUUUGAUGCAAUAUGACCGAGCAAAACGGUCAAUUCUAUUAGUAAAAUGGAUUUCAUUCUGCUUUUUAAAACAUGUUUUUUGGUUCUAAUGAGGCCACAGCAGCUUUAAAGAUGCAGAAAUUCCCCCUUUUUAAUUUUUUCUCAUUUAUUUUGCACAAGCUCACAUUUUUUAACAACAUUUGAAAAUUGUAGUGCUUCUUAAACUCAAAUGAAAAACCUAAGAAAGUUAUGUAUUUAUUGUAAUGUGAAGAUGUAUGACAGAAUGUAUUAGACAAUCCGUUUUUACUGGGAACAGUAGGAAGAACUGAUUUCAUAUUUAUCACUGUAUUUUCUUACCUUCGAGGCCGUGUCUGUAAAAAGUCUAAUUUUAGUUUUUUUUUUCUUUGCACACUUGUAACUAAAACGUUUGUAACCAGAUAUGUUUAAAUUAAAUAUAAUACACCAGAGCACUGUUUUAAAGUAACAACAGCAUGAUGUGUUCAUUUAUCUGGGAGUUUAUUUGUGAUUUAGUGUCUUGUUUCUUUUAUAGGCCUGAACUACAACCCCAUUCCAAUGAAGUUGUGUAAAACCUAAAUGAAAACAUAAUACAAUGAUUUUCAAAUCUU